AUGGGCGGUUCCGGGCCAACCUGAUGUUCCCAGAGGCCAGUGCGUCGGCGGUGGUUGGGUGUUAAGAUGGCGGCCGUGAGUCUUCGGCUCGGCGACUUGGUUUGGGGCAAGCUCGGUCGAUACCCUCCCUGGCCAGGAAAGAUUGUUAAUCCACCCAAAGACUUGAAGAAACCACGUGGAAAGAAAUGCUUCUUUGUGAAGUUUUUUGGAACAGAAGAUCAUGCCUGGAUCAAAGUGGAGCAGCUGAAGCCCUAUCAUGCUCACAAAGAGGAGAUGAUCAAGAUCAACAAGGGUAAACGGUUCCAACAGGCUGUGGAUGCCGUGGAAGAGUUCCUCAGGAGAGCCAAAGGCAGAGACCAGACAUCAUCCCACAACGUGGCUGAUGACAAGAAUCGACGUAGUUCCAGCGAGGAGAGAAGCAGGCCUGGCUCGAGGGAAGAGAAGCGCAAGCUUGGCCUAUCAGGAGGGAAGGUGAAGAAGAGCACCGGAGAAGGCAAGAAGAGGGUGAACUCAGGGUCUCCAGAGAGAGGUUCCAAGUCCCCUCUGGAAAGAGCACAGGAGCAGAGCCCCCGGAAGCGGGGCCGGCCUCCAAAGGACGAGAAGGACCUCACUGUCCCUGAGUCAAGUACUGUGAAGGGCAUGGUGGCUGGGCCUAUGGCUGCAUUUAAAUGGCAGCCAACUGCGAGCGAGCCUGUUAAAGAUGCAGAUCCACAUUUCCAUCACUUCCUGCUCAGCCAGACAGAAAAGCCAGCUGUGUGUUACCAGGCAAUCACGAAGAAGUUGAAAAUAUGUGAAGAGGAGACUGGCUCCACCUCCAUCCAGGCAGCAGACAGCACAGCCGUCAAUGGCAGUGUUACGCCCACAGACAAGAAGAUAGGAUUUUUGGGCCUUGGACUCAUGGGAAGUGGCAUCGUCUCAAACUUGCUGAAAAUGGGACACACGGUGACCGUCUGGAACCGGACUGCCGAGAAGUGUGAUUUGUUCAUCCAGGAGGGGGCCCGCCUAGGAAGGACCCCCGCUGAAGUGGUUUCCACCUGUGAUAUCACAUUUGCCUGCGUGUCGGACCCGAAGGCCGCCAAGGAUUUGGUGCUGGGUCCCAGUGGUGUGCUGCAAGGGAUCCGGCCUGGGAAGUGCUAUGUGGACAUGUCAACAGUGGAUGCAGACACAGUCACCGAGCUGGCCCAGGUGAUUGUGUCCAGGGGGGGACGCUUUCUGGAAGCCCCCGUUUCAGGGAACCAGCAGCUUUCUAACGAUGGGAUGCUAGUGAUCUUGGCAGCUGGAGACCGGGGCCUGUAUGAGGACUGCAGCAGCUGCUUCCAGGCCAUGGGGAAGACCUCCUUCUUCCUAGGUGAGGUUGGAAAUGCAGCCAAGAUGAUGCUGAUUGUGAACAUGGUCCAGGGGAGCUUCAUGGCCACCAUCGCUGAGGGCUUGACUCUGGCCCAGGUGACAGGCCAAUCCCAGCAGACGCUCUUGGACAUCCUCAAUCAGGGACAGUUGGCCAGCAUCUUCCUGGACCAGAAGUGCCAAAAUAUCCUACAAGGGAACUUUAAGCCUGACUUCUACCUGAAGUACAUUCAGAAGGAUCUGCGCUUAGCCAUCGCACUAGGUGAUGCUGUCAACCACCCUACUCCAAUGGCAGCUGCAGCCAAUGAGGUGUACAAGAGAGCCAAGGCGCUGGACCAGUCUGACAAUGACAUGUCUGCCGUCUACCGAGCCUACAUACACUAA